GGGAACUGCAAUUGUUGUCUGGAUAAUAAGUUUCACAUAAGGUUUUGAUAUUAAUUAUAUUUGUUAAAUUCAAUGAUAUUAUAUUGGGAUAGAUGCGAUUAAUUUCUUAAGGAUCUUCGCCCUUUUUUGCUAGAAAUUAAUCUACGUCUUAAGGAUCGUCUCCCAAUGAAUUAUAUCAAAUUGUUUGCUAUAUAUUAAAUAAAUUAGUUGAAGCAAAUGUUGCCAAAAUAACCUAGUAUGCACUAUUUACUUUCCACUUCUUAGAAGUAAUGUCUUCAUAUGGAUGCUAGUAAGUUGAAUUAAUUUAUUUUGGGAUGGAAUUGCUCGUACAAUUAUUGAUGACAUUUUAAUAUAAGUACAUGAUGAAAUGAUUUUACAAUGUUUCAGAUAUUGUUUGAGUUUUGUAAUUUGUUUCCUUUUGUUUUGUGUUUUGUAAAUAGACUAUUUUAAAGGAGUUGAAGUAAAAGUUGUCUGAAAAUUUGCGGGAUGAUAUUGAUGCUAAUAAUGAGAUCUAUCAAGAUGUUAUUGGAAAGGAAGCACUUGGAUGUUUACGCAGUAGUAGUGUUGCUGCGAAGAAAGUCAUUUUCACCUCGCGAGAAGAAUUUGAUAAAGCUGUGCAGGAAAAAUCUAACAACAUAAUGACAAGCAUUCAAAAGGGAUUUGAAGAGGAAAUGUCAAAAUUCAAAGAUGACUAUUCUUCGCAGAUGGAGAUGCUUCAGGCUCGACUACUAACAUUAGAGGAUCACAAUGUAACUGUAUCUGGAUCAUUCAAUUCCCGACGCAUUCAAGCUCCCAAUGGAGGGUCAUCAUCUUACGGAUUUAUGAACAUGAACUUGGAGAAUUUGAGGGAAGCAAGUGAAAAUAUUGAGAUGAGAGAAGAGAUGAAUAACUCGGAUGGGAACAAUAUGGACAUCCCUUUAGACGAUGCACCCGUCCAAGAACAAGGGAAAAGUAUCACGAGAAAGAGCAAGAGGAAGUCAGAUGGUCGUUGAACAUCACAUUCUCGCUUAUAGAAUUUACAUUUUUGCAUAGCUAGAUAUAUUUAGACUUUGAUAUUUGAUGUCAGGUUUUUGAAUAAUAUUUUAUUUUUUAGUUUGAUAUUUAUAAAACAAUUAUUUAUAUAUUCAAACAAAUUAAUUUGCUUCUUUCA